AUGGGACCCGAGACCCGGAAACCCGGAAGCCCGGAAACUCGGAAGCCCGGAAACCAGGAAGCCCGGAAGCCCGGAAGCCCGGAAGCCCGGAAGCCCGGAAGCCCGGAAGCCCGGAAGCCCGGAAGCCCGGAAGCCCGGAAGCCCGGAAGCCCGGAAGCCCGGAAGCCCGGAAGCCCGGAUUCAUAA